UACUCUUUUAUUGGCUACUCUUCUUUGUACUACUUAAUUAAUCCAACUUUACUUUGUGCCUUGUUUUAAAAAGGGAAAUGUUUAUUGUCCAUUGCCCCUGUAAAAAAACUGAUAUGUUAUAAUAAGCCAUAUUAUAAUGUUAAAUAAUACAUAUUUAAAAUGUCUACAAUCAUUUUCAUAUGAUUACAGUUUUGCAGUAAUUGUUAUGGAUAUAUAGUACCUUCUUUAAAUUAUUUUGAAAAGGUUCUGGCCAAAGGAGAGUUCCUAAUAUUGAUUGCUGUCCCAUAAUAUGGCUCCACAACGCAGAGACACCAUGUAGAUGCACUGAGCUGUGGCUCACCGGCUCUGCAAGGGUUAAACUCGCACAGGCUGCAGCCGCUGGAGGAGCAUGAGUGAAAUCAGCCCCCUGCAGGACCCCGUUCACAGUACCAGGCGCGGGCCAGCUUUCACUCACACUGUGAGCAGGAAAAGGAGAGCCACAACAAUAAACAAGGCGGGACCCUGAUGCGGUCAUCUACCGGACCAUGUCUUCUUAAUCUGCCCAAUUUGAUCUUCUAGUCUUUUCAAGUGACUGAGUGACUUGAGUGAAGAUGAUCAAAACGGAGUCUCAGUCGGCCACCUCGCUGCCAACGGAUACCAUGGACAGAACCGGCAGCAAGACGCACACCUGCCGAGUGAGACUCAACGUGGGGGGCCUUCUCCACGAAGUCCUGUGGAGGACGCUGGACAGGCUGCCCCGCACAAGACUGGGCAAACUGAGGGACUGCAACACCCACGACUCUAUCUUGGAGAUAUGUGAUGACUACAGCUUGGAUGACAGCGAGUACUUUUUCGACAGACACCCCGGCGCUUUCACCUCCAUUCUGAACUUCUACCGCACUGGAAAGUUGCACAUGAUGGAGGAAAUGUGCGCCCUCUCGUUUAGUCAAGAGCUGGACUUCUGGGGCAUCGACGAGAUCUACCUGGAGUCCUGCUGCCAGGCCAGGUACCACCAGAAAAAGGAGCAAAUGAACGAGGAGCUGAAGAGAGAGGCUGAGAAUAUGAGAGAGAGGGUCGGAGAGGAGUUUACAACCACAUGUUGUUCCGAGAAGAGGAAGAAGCUCUGGGACCUCUUGGAGAAACCAAGCUCAUCAUUUGCUGCUAAGAUCCUGGCAAUUAUCUCCAUCCUCUUCAUUGUGUUGUCUACCAUUGCCUUGUCUCUGAACACUCUUCCAGAGCUGCAGGACACAGAUGAGUUUGGUCAAUCCACAGACAACCCGCAGCUGGCCCACGUGGAAGCUGUGUGUAUUGCCUGGUUUACCAUGGAAUACCUGCUGCGCUUCCUCUCCUCCCCCAACAAGUGGAAGUUCUUUAAGGGUCCGCUGAACAUUAUCGACUUGUUGGCCAUCCUGCCCUACUACAUUACCAUCUUUUUGACAGAAUCCAACAAGAGUGUGCUGCAAUUUCAGAACGUCCGCCGCGUAGUUCAGAUUUUCCGGAUCAUGCGGAUCUUGCGUAUUCUGAAGCUGGCUCGUCACUCCACAGGUCUUCAGUCUCUGGGUUUCACACUCAGGAGGAGUUACAAUGAGCUGGGCCUGCUAAUCCUUUUCUUGGCCAUGGGCAUCAUGAUAUUCUCCAGUCUGGUGUUCUUUGCGGAAAAGGAUGAAGAGGACACCAAGUUCAAAAGUAUUCCAGCUUCUUUCUGGUGGGCUACCAUUACUAUGACAACAGUAGGCUAUGGAGAUAUUUACCCAAAAACUCUCCUGGGAAAGAUAGUUGGAGGAUUGUGCUGCAUUGCCGGAGUAUUAGUGAUAGCCCUGCCUAUCCCCAUUAUUGUGAAUAACUUCUCUGAGUUCUACAAAGAGCAAAAGAGGCAAGAGAAAGCUGUCAAAAGAAGGGAGGCUCUGGACAGGGCUAAGAUAAAUGGCAGCAUUGUUUCGAUGAACAUGAAAGAAGCAUUUGGCCGCAAUGAAGAGCUCAUGGAUAUAAUGGUGGAGAAGAUGCAUGAUAAUCAUGUGUCUCCUAGGGUGCAGAAAGGCACACCCAAACUCAGGUCACAGAUGAGUCCCAGCAGCCCCACCAAUACCUUUAAAGCAAGCUACCAAGAGCAGGCCAAGCCCUUUAGCAGCCCUCAGCAUCUUAGCGCACAGAAACUGGAGGAGAUGUACAAUAACAUGGCCAAGGUCCAGUCACAUCCCAACCUCAACAGCAAGGAAAAGGGGCCACCGUCCAAAGCAGUUAGGCAGAGAGCAGAAAUAGAGAUGGGAAGCAUCACCGCUGAAGCCAUCACAUGUAAAGCAGAAACAGUUGCAGACAUGAGGAGCAUGUCCAGCAUUGACAGCUUCAUCAGCUGCACCACUGACUUCCCUGAGAGCUUUCGCUUUUCCCACAGCCCCAUCAGUAGCAUGCCAGGGAAGGUCAGCACGCACCCCCGCCUGGAGCCCACUUUGGAGAAUGAGCAUGAAGGAUCCCAGGGCACCAAUACACCCCAAACAAGACGGGGCAGCAAGCUCGGCCCAUAUGCUGACAGUCCCAGGGCUCUACGCUUCAACAACCCGCUCAAAAGCCACUCUCUCAAGGUCAACUUCAGAGCUGGGGAGGGUCCUGGGACAGGGGCCCUGUCAGACAGCUCGUCAGUGCAAGGCCCUGAGGUGUCCGUCUAUACAACUGCCAGAAGUAGGACACCCAGCAGGAGCCCGGAGAAUUUACUGCCCAGCAGCCUCUUCACAUUCCACGAUCCAUCCAUCAAUGAAUUCAUUGACGCUGACACAGAUGAGGAAGAGCACCUGCAUGAUGGUUCAGGCAUCAAUCCAUCCCAAAGACUCCGGGAAAGAGCAAGCCCCAAGAUUGGCCAUCACUCCAGGUUCCAGCAAGGGGCCAACCACAUGGAGGGCCUGCAGACAAAGCUGUGGAACUGCACGCUGCCAGUAGAAGGGCAGGAGAACCAUGUGGCUCAGGAACUACAACCACUUCAGGGAAAGAAGAGUCAUUUUAACACUUAAAGAUAAAAUAAAAUACAAUAAAGGGUCCAAUAAGGGAGAGGCCAUGAAAGACUUGUACAGGAGAGGAGAAAGCAAAAAGGGAAAUGUAAGAAGCACAGUGAACUCAGCAAAACUAAACUAAAAAUGAAAAGGCAGUUAGAUAUAAAACAGUUGCAUGAACAUUUGAAGAAUUAUAUUACAAAAUGCUUCUGCCAUGGAAAUAGCUGUAGCCAAUGGGAAAGAUUUUUGUGUUUGAACUUUUUCUAAGACUGCUGAAUUCAGCAGAAGACUCUGAUCUAAGAGGUUUUUAGAAAAUGACAAAGAUUGCCCGUCUGAUAGUUUGUACUAUUUAUACAUUUAUUUUCGUCGAGAUCGACAUAUAAUAAUAACAACCUAGCUGUAGGAGUAUAUGAUAUAAUUUUUAUGACAUCCCUGGAUAAAUAAGCUGUCCAAUUUGUAGCAAACCACAGAAAGCAUUGAAACAUGGCACUGCAAGAUGGGAAACUCAUUCAGCUGUAGUUUAGAUAACGUUGUUGUUGUGUGAAGGGGGAACUUACAUGUUUCUUGAAGUUAUUAUAUUUAAACUGUGUAUAAGUAUGGAAUUACAAAAUCAACUGUGUGUUGGGAAGAUGUAGAGUUUGCUUCCUUUAACUUCCUUCCUCAUGACUGGCCUUAGUUUAUGUUGUUUUUUGUUUGUAUGAGGGAGAAAGAGAGAC